AAAUACCAAGGUAGCAAAAUUUACACUAAUAUUUACGCUACCCCGUAUCAUUAACCCCUGUCGCAGGCUUACUGCUCUUUGACAUGAACUGCGGUGGCGUGCUGAUUGCUCAAGCUGUUUGUUGCUAGUAUUAAUCCUCAUGGCGCAUAGUAUAAAAAUUCAAUGAACAAAAAUUGAUCAAACCACGCGGAAGUUAAAACAUAGAUAUCAGAGAUGCCGAGUCGAGGAUUUAGGAUAUUUCAAUAAGAACUCGAUCCGCCGCAACUUCAUGCUGUCCUAUUAGUGACAAAAAUUUGUCAGAGGAAAAAGAAUUGUGCAUAUUACGUUCGUGUUGCAAGUCAAGCACUUUUGGAGGGCUUCUUUACAUUUUCUAAUCAGUAGCAACCCAUUUCCCGUCGUUCAAGAUAAAUACUACCGAAGGACCUGUUCUAUCAUCUAUCUAUUUUGUCAUCUCAAGAGGUACCAAGAAAAAUGAGAAUUAAAGUGUGAAAACAAAAAGAUGAAAACUGUUUCACUGGAUUCGUAAAGUACUUGAAUUCAUCAAGAGUUUCCUUUUUCACCAUUAGCGCUGGGAGAAAAAAUGAUAAUCGUCUCAAAUUUAUUUCGAAACUUUGGUGUUUUUGUUUUCUUGAUUUUCUGUGUCAUUAGGAGCAUCUGUCUCGAAUAUGUGACAAAAUCCACAAAAUAUGGGAAAGUGCGAGGAUCCGUGGAAACUGUAUACUCAGGGAAAAAGAUCGAGAGGUUUUUAGGAGUUCCCUAUGCCUCUCCUCCUCUGAACGAAUUGAGGUUUGAGCACCCCGUACCCCCCGACCCCUGGGAGGAUGUACUGGAUGCCCUUGAGAUCCCCCCUGCGUGUCCCCAACCCGGGGAGGGUGUGGCCUACAUUGAAUAUCAUGUACCAGACUUCAACUACACCAGCGAGGACUGUUUGUAUCUAAAUAUUUAUUCACCAAAAAGUUCUAACAAGAGUAAAAAAUACCCAGUUUUAUUUUUCGUUCAUGGUGGCUCCUACUUCAAUGGAAUGGGUGCUAUGUUCGAGGGAACCACACUCUCAGCUUCUGAUAUCGUGGUUGUAACCAUCAAUUAUAGACUAGGUCCACUAGGGUUUUUGGCAUCUGGGGAUCCGGAAAUUGCAGGGAAUUAUGGGAUGAUGGAUAUGAUAGCUGCCCUAUGGUGGGUCCACAAAAAUAUUGAAGUCUUUAAUGGUGACCCAAACCAGGUGACCCUGAUGGGUCAUAGCGCAGGAGGAUGCAGUGUAGGAUUUCUUAUGAUGUCGCCUUUAACGAAUGGUUUGUUCCGGAGAGCUAUAGUACAGAGUGGAUCACCCCUAGCACACUGGAGUUACUCCGAAAAAGUGACGGCUCCGAACAUCCAUUUUAAAAUUUUUGUUUCGUCCAUCGGUUGUCUGCGGAACAGUUCUAGACUCAUUAAAGAGUGUCUUCAAAAAAUACCCACAGACGUCAUGCUUAAGCAUAUUUCAUAUAAAUAUGUGACGUCUCCGUCACUCACUCCUCAAUUCCGUCCUGUUGUGGAUGGAUACAUUAUCCCGGAUACACCAGAGAGAUUAAUAAAGACCGGGAUCUUCCGAGUGGAGAGUGUCAUGACUGGUGCCACUGAAGACGAAGGACUAAAUGCAGCGGUGCCCCUCGUA